GGGUCUAGAUCGAUUCGGGCCGACACUAGACCUCAACUCGGUUCACACCACCGUCCUCGUCGGCUCGUCGCCCGCGCCCGCCUCUUUCCACCGCAGCACGCCGGCCACCGAGGAGGAGCGCUUCCCUCGUCGUCGUCGUCCUCCUCCACCGCCCCCAACUCCGCCGCCCCCUUCGUCGUCGUCCUUCCUCCGCGCCGCUCGCCUACUGGUACUGGAUUGGCGUGGAGCCGAGACCCGCCCCGACGGGGGAUUGAUCGAUUCCGUUGGGAGAUUGCUCAUCGCCUGCUCAUAAUGCUGCAAUGGAUGGGCGGUUCGAGGAGGAAGGUUUACGCGUCCAGGAAGUCCACUCUGAGCAGACAAAGGCAGUACUUCGAACAAAAGAAACGGCAGCAGCAGGGGCAAGGGCUACAGAACCAGAAUGACGUAGCAGGAGGUCAAGCUUCCCUUGAUCAGGAGCCUCGAUCACUUGAUGUUCUAAACAUCAACAAUCUGGCAACUCCAGAUAGUCAUCAUAAUGAAUCCGCAAAUGCAGAUGGUGCUAUUCCACAAGUGGAUUGCAUUCUUUCAGAAGUUUGCCCUACAGAGGCACUAAAGAAGAUCACUUCGUUAUGCAAUAGCAACAAUGAAGAAGGCUCUCAACCAAGAUUGUCAUCACCCUUUGGUCAUCAAGAUGAUGCAGCAGCUGUUAACUCCCAUGAAGAAUCUCUUGGUUUUAAAAUAUCCCCAUCCAUAAACUGUAGCACCAGGCAGCAAAAUCAAAAUCUGGAAUUCCAAAGUGAAAUUUCACUUAUUGAUUUGGUCAGUUACGAGGGAUCAAAGAAUAAGUCUACCGCACGACCUGCCCGUGAAGCUCAUGUUUCAUUUUCUGUUAAAGGCCUUGGUCAUAUCAAGAUGGAAACACCUCCGCAUUCACCAAGAUCCAUCAAAAGGGUUUUACCUUUGCCUCCAAAGGCCACGCGGUUCACACAUAAAGCAAAACGGUCUAUCCCCUUUGAUGUCAUGAAGGCAUUGGAUUCUAUGAAAAGUAUCAAUGUGCUGAAAGAGCGAAGACCAUCAGAUAAAAUGGAUAGUAUUUUAGAUAAAUCAGACUAUGAAAGGAGGAAACAAUUUAAUUCCUAUUUUCCAGAUUCAUUUAAGAACCAUAAUGCUGACCACUAUCCUGAGGAUGAAGACAUGUUUUAUGAACCUCAAGCUGAAUUUUUUUGGCAAUCAAAGCGCAGUGGAUCAAAUGGCAAUCUAGCUGAUGAGAAUUCUGAUAGACUGUGGAGGAUAGAUCAAUUUAAUUCAGAGGAUUAUUUUCCUACUCCAAGAGAGGAACAUUUUGAUACAAUUGACUAUGGAUUUAAAGACAUAUACUCUCCAGAGCGAAGAAACUCAACAAGAUCUAGCACAAGAUUUGAGAAUACAGGAAUUCCAUCGUCACAGGACCUCUUUUCUGAUCAUGCAUUGAUGGAUGAUGAUGAGGUUACUGAACAUUUCGAGUGGGAAAGGCACCCACCAAGUAAGAAAGUAUCCAACUCAAAUAGCAUUUUUGGUCCUUCUGCUUGGACCUUUGACAUGGAAGAUGAUUCAGAGAAAAGGAGGAGCCCAUUAAGUGAAGAAUCACGCACAUCUGCUGCAGCAAUGAAGGAUAGAAAGUGCAAGAAACCAUCACCGGCAGUAAAGAAUGAGAUGAACAAGACGGAUGAGUUUCAUAUAAGCUUGGAUAAGCCAGAUAUUCCAAACAUGGAUGCACAUCUUCAUGGGAUGUCACUAUUUAACAAUCCAGAAAAGGUGGAUCAUGAAAGAACAACAGAUCAAAAGAAACUUGAAACAAGUUAUUGGCCAGAAAGGGUUACUGAGCAACCAAGAACUCGAGAACCAAGCUGCCGUUUAUCACUUAUGGAGAAAUUUGCCAAUUGGGGUCCUCCUACCUCCCAUCUGAAGGGUAGCUCUGGAUUAACUAACCCAUUGAGUUGCAGUGUAAUGCGCGAGGAUAAAGCCUCUUUCAGUUCUGCUCCUGAUUUGAGCAUGUAUCAAACCGUGGAGUCAACUGAAAAGAGACCUACUUCACAAGUUCAUUCUGUUUUUCACAGACCUGAUAAUUCCAUUUUUGAAGAUGGCAUUCACAUGCAGUGUCCAGUUUCAGAUAUCUUUGGUGAUAACAUUGAAUUAUCAAACCCAUUUGGUGCCAAGGAUCUUCAGGGUGACAUUUAUAUGAGUACUUUCUUUGAACAGAAGGCAGACAAGAAGCAAGAAGAUAAUUUUGCGACUUUCAGCAAUCGAAAUGCUGAUGUUUUUCCUGCAAAGAAAGCAUUGAGUUCUUUAAGAAAAACUGUAGGUCCACAUAUUACGUGUUCACAGCCUUCUGGCAAGGAUUCAUUGAGGCAUGGGUUCAGUCCUGGUUUUAAUUUUCAGGAGUCAGAACUAAACACAUUUUGGGAGGAUAGGCAUGUUAGUAAUGGCACUUUUCAGGUAGAUCUUGAGUUGACUGAUCUACUGGCAAGAAAAAACAAUGAUAAGAAUGAAGGCAAGAUUGAGGCAUCUGAGAAACCAGAUACUAAGAUGUUAACAGAAACAUGUAAACUCUCAGCAGAUCACAGAAAUGAGAUGAGUGGAACUGAAACAUGUUCUGAUUGCUCAGAAGUGUCCAGUUAUCCUGAAGCGCAGAAGGAGACAUCAGCAGCAGCAACACAAAUUCCUGCAAACUUAAGCUGUCUUCAGGAAACCUCAGCAGAAUUAUUCCAAGUUCAUGCUCAUGUUAGACCUGGAACGAGGGAAAAGCUAGAUAAUCCUGGUGUUGACUUCGAAGCUCCAUUGCAUUUGAGAAGCACGAUUCACAAUGUUGGAGAUCAUUCUAAAAGAAAUGAUAUGCUCCAGUCUCCUUUCGUUGGAGAGGAAGUGGGAAUUGAGAAGAAGAUAAUAGCAAGCGUGUCACCAAACAACAGUGAUGUUCAGUAUCAGUUUAUGCUUGAACAACGUGUUCUCCGACGGCUCUGUGUUCAGAAGAUAGUUGUGGCUACACCAAUGAAGGACAAGCUAGAUAAGGAUAAGUGCUUCAGGAUGGCAGAGGAUGGAUCUCAUGUCCUUGCAAAAAGCGUCUGAACAGCUGUGAUUCUCAGGAGAGGAAAGGGCAAUGUGGGGCAUUUUAUCUGCAAUCAUUUGAAGCCCGUUUAAAUGCAUGAGCUAAGCACGCACCUACCAACGUAAUCAGAUCCCCAAUGUCUAUAUGCUCAUUUCUGAAGUGCACCUCACUCUUUGGCAUUAUCUGUUCCAGAAGAUCAAUGUUUUUUUUCCCUCCAUUGGUUUUGUACUGAUGGUUUUCACCGUAAGCUCGUGUUACUGUAGACCGUCUGGAAGUCUGGAUAGUAACUUCUUUGUUGUUAGUGAUUCUGGAAAGAGUUAUCUGAAUGAUAACCCUUUUUUUCUGAGAACGCGGUGCAAACCUAUUAUAUUUCUGAAAAUUAAGUUCAGUUCUCCAAA